UAUUGAUUUGAGUAAUUCGGCUUAUUUGAACAAAAAGACUAAAUUAUUUAUAUUUAAAAUGAAUGAGGUUUAACGGCGGCUCAUUUUCCCAAUCACUAUUUGUUAUAUAUAGAUCUAAACAAAUAAUUCAUUCGGAAAGAAGAACAAACACACGCAGAACGGCAUUCCGCGAUAGCCAACUCACGCGAUCGGAGGCAAUUAAAGAAAAGUUAAUCGUGAUAAAUGUUAACGUGAACUAAACAUGAAUAAGCAUAACCAUGUCUGUGGAAGUAAAUGAAAGAAUGGCUAAACUAUGGAUAUUAAGGAAUAAAAUAUUUCGAACACAAGAGUUUUAAUCAGCAGUAGGGCGUUUAUAGAGUCGGUAUGGGGUCGGACCGGAGGCCGCGUGUUCUGGCAGCCGGCGGGCUGUGCUGGAACUCGUUGGGGUCGCUGCUCUCGCUGCUCGCCCUCGGGCUUCCGUCCUGGGUCGCCUUUCACAAGACGUUCGAUACUGUCGCCAUAGGUGUGUCUAGUGUGGUUAACACGUCCAGCCUCACCAUUGACUACAGCUACGGUCUCUGGCGCUAUUGCAGUAAAACCUCCACAAACACAAUCCUUUCGGACACCUGCGCCGAUGUCGCCACGUCUACCGAUGGUGAGCAGACGACAGUAUGUCUGCUGGUUCUGUCCAUCAUCCUGCAGGUGAACGCCGCCAUCAACACGACCUUCUUCUUUUCGCUCUUCCGUGGGGCGAACAUCUGCCUCUACGUCGCGAGCGUCUCCUAUCUCGGCGCCGAGAUUCUCAGCCUUAUUGGAUUAGUAGUAUUUGGCACUGGCGGCCACUCGCGGGUCAUCAAUGAACACGCAACUCUGGAUUUCAACGCUGGCAACCUUCGCGUCUCGUUUUGGCUCGUGCUCGUAUGCUGUGUCUGUGUCAUUGCGGCGCUUGUCCUCACCAUUCUUGCAAUCUUCUACCAACGUAGAAUCAGUAGCGUUUAUGGUUCCAAAGAUAACCUCCUUGACGUUUCCACUCCAGAACAAUCGGUAGAAAAACAAAUGCUCAAGGAAGAUGAAUUCGAUACAGAUACAAAGUCUGCUAGCGAAUUGCAUUUCACUGAAAAAGGUGUGCGGACGUUGUACUUGGAGCAUGGAAGUGAUUCCGAAGAUGAAAUUGGGAAUGUUAUAUUUUCAAAGGCCCCCGUGUCUCAUGAUUUCCUUUCGGAUGUUAAUGGUCUCGACGAACAAAAGUUUGGUCUUAAAGAUAAAUUAAGAUGGCGAGACGGAGCAAGUCCGUCAGAAGAACAAGACACUGAAGUUGAUGACAAGGACAAAGGAAUAAGCGCCGAUAUGUCUGUGGAAGUCAAAGACUCUAAGCAUGAACAAAGUGAUAUUGAACCUAAGAGUAAGAUUGAGGAGAGCGAUCAUAAAGAGCGUACUGACGAACCUGGAUAUGUGAAUAUAGAAGAACUAACUAAACGAAUCGAAGCAAACGAGGCUUAUAUGAACGAAGUUGGCAAAAUAAUGCAAGAAAUUGACGAUCAAGGGGAGGAAGAAUCUGACGAGGAAGUUCCAGAGGAAGAUAUGAUAUUUGCUACCAUGGAAGACAAAGAAUCGCCAGCUGCUAAACCUAGGCGUAGCCAACAGUUGGGUGCAAAACCGAAGGUUAAAUUCCAUGACCUUACUCCAGUUGAGAGCUCACCUUCCUCUUCUAUGUUAGAGAAGUUGGACAGAAUUGAACCCAUCAUAGUUGAACCAAGAACCAGUACUCAGAUGGAAGACUACCCAGUUCAUUUAGACGCUGAUUACGAAAGUGAAGGUGAAGUGAUGUUAGUGACUUCCCGGACAAAUAAACUAGAUGAUGAUAAUGUACCUCCACCAGCGUUUUACCAUUUGGCAAAUGAAAUGGAUGAAAGUGCCCCAAAGAUUAAGAAAUUAAAAACAAAGAAAGCAUUUGGAGCUGAGGGUGCGCGACCAAAAACUUUUAAACCAAAAUCCAGAUCAAUAAAGAAGAAAAAGCUUAAGGUCACAAAGGAGCGGAAAAGGAUGUUAGAGGCAAGAGAAGACAAGUUCAAGGCAGUAGAGGAGAUUUAUGGUGUUCCUCAGGUUAUUAUAGGGACGUACGGGUCCCAUCCUGCACCCAGGUCUCUUUACCAUAAGAAAGAACCGCCAGAGGCUGUGAAAAAGUCUGCUAAACGAUUCAUGGACACUUUUAAAGCUUACAGAACUCUAAGAAAGAAAAUAGAUGAAGAAAAGCAAGAGGAAGCCAACAAAGACAAAUAGGUGACUUCCACAAACUAUAUUCUCACGGAAAUUCAAGUUAUGAAACGUGGACUCAUUUCUGGACUCAUUUCUUGAAGCUCUUCAAUAUCAUCAUCUUGUAAAUAUCAAACAAAAAACACAUUAAAUAAGUGUUAAAAGUGCAGUAUAAAUAUUAAAUGUACGCAUUAAUCUUAUCAACCUCUUGGAUACACAUAAAUUGUCCAGCUAUAUGAUGCUGGUCCUUAUAAGAUCACAUAAAUCAUCACUAAGCUGACAAAUAAAACUAUUACAUGUGUUAAAACCUAAAACAUGCUCAAAUUAGUUUUGAAAAAGUCAAGUUAUAUGUUAUAAAAUAUUUAAGAUACAUCAAUACAGAAUAAAACAUUAAAGCUA